AUUAUUUUCCUAGCGGCGAUGUGGGCCUGAUUGCGGCGGCGCCUCAGUAAAACCUACAACCCCCUCAAGCCCCCUCUUCUCUCUACGAGACGCCCCUGGAUGCCGAACCUCAGAACCUUGUCCCUGCAGUUGCCCAGCCCCCAAUGCAAGGAAUGCCGUACGACUUCACGUGGGGCGUCGAGGACGGCGACAGCGGCAACGCCUUCAGCCACGUGGAGAACAGCGACGGUCGGGACAAACUCAGGGCGAGUACCGCGUCCUUUCUUCCCGACGGACGAACUCAGGUGGUUAAAUUCUACGACAACGGCGACGGCUUCAACGCUGAGGUCACCUACGAGAAGUAA